GCCCGUGCGCGGGUGCGCGCCCCCCCCCCCCCCCCCCAUCUCCGCCGCUCGGCAGAACCUUCCAGCGCCGCCGCCCCGCGGGGCCGCCGCCACGGGCACCGCCGCCAUGGGCACCGCCGCGCCGCGCUGAGCCCGCACCCAGCGCCCGCGGGGGCCGCAGCCCCGGCCGCGCCUCCGCCAUGGAGCUGGGCAAGGUGACUGUCAGCAUCAAUAAGGCCAUUAAUGCGCAGGAAGUGGCUGUCAAGGAGAAACACGCCAGAACAUGCAUCCUGGGCACGCACCACGAGAAGGGGGCACAGACCUUCUGGUCAGUGGUGAACCGGCUGCCGCUGUCAGGCAACGCCGUGCUCUGCUGGAAGUUCUGCCACGUCUUCCACAAACUCCUCCGGGACGGCCACUCGAACGUUCUGAAGGACUCCAUGAGAUACAAGAACGAGCUGAGCGACAUGAGCAGGAUGUGGGGCCACCUGAGCGAGGGCUACGGACAGCUCUGCAGCAUCUACCUCAAACUGCUGAGAACCAAGAUGGAGUUUCACACCAAGAAUCCCCGCUUCCCCGGCAAUCUCCAGAUGUCCGACCGGCAGCUUGACGAGGCGGGGGAGAACGACGUCAAUAAUUUUUUUCAGCUGACGGUGGAGAUGUUUGACUACCUGGAGUGUGAGCUGAACCUCUUCCAGACAGUGUUCAGCUCCCUGGACAUGUCACGCUCAGUGUCGGUGACAGCCGCGGGGCAAUGCCGCCUGGCCCCGCUCAUCCAGGUGAUCCUGGACUGCAGCCACCUCUACGACUACACCGUCAAGCUGCUCUUCAAGCUCCACUCCUGUCUGCCGGCGGAUACGCUGCAGGGCCACCGGGAUCGCUUCCUGGAGCAGUUCAGAAAGCUGAAGGACCUCUUCUACCGCUCCAGCAACCUGCAGUACUUCAAGCGGCUGAUUCAGAUCCCGCAGCUGCCGGAGAACCCUCCCAAUUUCCUGCGUGCCUCGGCACUGUCAGAGCACAUCAGCCCCGUGGUGGUCAUCCCCGCCGAGGCAUCCUCACCCGACAGCGAGCCCAUCACAGACCUGGUGGAGAUGGACACAGCCUCGCAGAGCCUGUUUGACAAUAAGUUUGACGACAUCUUCGGCAGCUCUUACAGCACCGACCCCUUCAACUUCAACAGCCAGAAUGGGAUGAACAAGGACGACAAGGACCGGUUAAUCGAGCAGCUUUAUGGGGAGAUCGCAGCCCUGAAGGAGGAGCUGGAGAACUUCAAGGCCGAGAGUGCACGGGGCGCGGUCCAGCUGCGCGGUCGCGUCAGUGAGCUGGAGGCCGAGUUGGCCGAGCAGCGGCACCUGAAGCAGCAGGCGCAGGACGAGAGCGAGUUCCUGCGCGCGGAGCUGGAGGAGCUGAAGAAGCAGCGGGAGGACACCGAGAAGGCGCAGAGGAGCCUGACGGAGAUUGAAAGGCGGGCGCAGGCCAACGAGCAGCGCUACAGCAAGCUGAAGGAGAAGUACAGCGAGCUGGUGCAGAACCAUGCCGACCUGCUGCGGAAGAACGCGGAGGUGACCAAGCAGGUGACGGUGGCCAGGCAGGCCCAGGGGGACGUGGAGCGGGAGAAGAAGGAGCUGGAGGACUCCUUCCAGCGGGUGAGCGAGCAGGCUCAGAGGAAGUCUCAGGAGCAGGCAGAGGUGCUGGAUACACUGAAGCGGGAGCUGGCAGCCAGCAGACAGGAGCUGCAGGUCCUCCAGGGCACCCUGGAGUCCAGCACGAAGGUGGGAGCGGAGCAAAGCACCCGGAUUGCUGGCCUGGAGCAGGAGAGGGACAGCCUGAGCCGGGCAGCAGAGCAGCACGGGGAGGAGAUGGCCGCCCUGCGGGCUGAGCUGCAGCAGCUGCGGGACACGCUCAGCCGUGAGCAGGAAAACAGCAAGAUGGAGCUGGAGACCUUGCAGACCCAGCUGAGGGACAAGGAGAGCGGGGAGCGGGCGCUGCAGCAGCGCCUGGCCGAGGAGCAGUUUGCCCUGCUGCAGGGCAUGGCGCGGGAGGCGGAGCGGAUGGUGCAGGAUGCCCUCGGUCGGCUGGAGGAUCCCGCUCACAUCGGCUGCACCGGCUCGGCGGAUUGCCUCCUGUCCAGGACGCUGGCAGCCUCUGAGUGCGUAGAGCGGCUGCGGGACACGCACGGCAAAUACCUUUCCAAUGGCGCAGCCAUGGGCUCCCUGCUGCCCUGCCUGGCCCUCUUCGCCCACCUCGUCAGCGACACCCUCCUGCAGGGCAGCGCUACCUCCCACGUGGCCCCCAUGGAGCCCGCCGACCGUCUGCUGGAGAUGUGCAAGCAGUGCGGCAGCGAGGCCAUCAGCUACCUCAGUGCCCUGCAAGACCCAGGGACAGUGGAAGGCGCCGACUGCAGCCCAGUGACAACCUGCCUGGGCCGGAUCAGCGCCAUUGGGGAGGAGCUGCGGCCCAGAGGGCUGGAUGUCAGGCAGGAGGAGCUGGGUGAUAUGGUGGACAAGGAGAUGGCAGCGACAGCGGCAGCCAUCGAAACCGCGGCUGCCCGCAUUGAGGAGAUGCUGAGCAAGGCGCGGGCUGGUGACACCGGGGUCAAACUGGAAGUGAACGAGAGGAUCCUGGGCUCGUGCACGGGCCUCAUGCAGGCCAUCCACAUCCUGGUCCUGGCCUCCAAGGACCUCCAGAGAGAGAUUGUGGAGAGCGGACGGGGCGCGGCGUCCCCCAAGGAGUUUUACGCCAAGAAUUCCCGCUGGACUGAGGGUCUCAUCUCCGCCUCCAAGGCCGUGGGCUGGGGUGCCACCGUCAUGGUUGACGCUGCCGACCUGGUGGUGCAAGGCAAGGGGACGUUCGAGGAGCUGAUGGUCUGUUCCCGGGAGAUCGCCGCCAGCACUGCUCAGCUGGUGGCAGCCUCCAAGGUGAAGGCAGACAAAGACAGCGCCAACCUUUGCAAGCUCCAGCAAGCCUCCCGGGGUGUCAACCAGGCCACGGCCGGCGUGGUGGCCUCCACCAAGGCUGGGAAGUCACAGGUGGAGGAGAAAGACAGCAUGGACUUCUCCAGCAUGACGCUCACCCAGAUCAAGCGUCAGGAGAUGGACUCACAGGUGCGGGUGCUGGAGCUGGAAAACCAGCUGCAGAAGGAGCGGCAGAAGCUGGGGGAGCUGCGCAAGAAGCACUACGAGCUGGCCGGAGUGGCAGAGGGCUGGGAGGAGGACGCUGCGGAUUAGUACCUGCAGCGGAAGCAGCCCGCAGGGGACACCCCGGCAGUGGGCUGGGACCCAGCUCGGUGCAGCCUCUUGGGAAGAUCCAUGAUAAACUGGUGCAAAAGCCACCCCGAAGCACACGUCCUCCGCGUCCCCCCCGCCAAGAGCCGCCUCCAGCUCCAGAGCACCGAGAGCCACCUGGCGAGACCCCGGGGCCAGGAGCGAGGCCUCGCCGGCCUGACGCCAGCCACAAACCGCACGUCUAUUUAUUAGGGCUGCUUGGGGUUGGGGGGGUCUCCGGGGGGGGUGGUGGGGGGGUGUGGGUCUUUAACCCUUUAGUUUUGUUUUUGCACAGAUUUUCAGAACUCUUUGAGCCAGCUCUGGCUGAGCGAGAGCGGUUGGGUUUCUUUCACCUCUCGCUGCUUCUCCAGCCUUAAUCCGGUCCCUGGCUCGGCAUGAACAUCCCCCCCAGUGAAGGAGCCUGCCGCAGUGCCAAGGGCCCCGGGGGUGUCACUGGGUCAGGACCAGCUUUUGGGGUGCUGCUAGGCUUGGUGCUAGGUGUGCUCCCCCCCAGCGGGGGCACCGAGUGCCUUUGGCUGCUGCAGGGUGGGGAAGAGCGUUCCCGGGGGACAACCCGGCUGGUGAGACCGGGGUGCCAUCAGCAGUGCCGGGAGCAGCCGGUGGUGAGGAGGGAGCAGGGUGGGCAGCGGGAACGAUGCUGCCGUGAGGUCCUGCCCCCCAUUCCAGGUCCCCAAAAUGCUCCCUUACCCCCUGGAGCUGGGCUGCCCUGCCCCAACAGAUCACUGUGUUCAUGCCAGCAAUAAACACUCCGCAAGGUGCUGGGCGUGGGUUUGGGCAACCGUGGUGCCACCACACAAGCCACCAGCUCCUGGGGAUGGGGGAUAGCUCUAGGGCAGCAGCACAGAGGGCUUGGGGGGCAGCUGGGGUGCCACAAAACCAGAGCACCCCAAAGCCGGAGCAAGCAGCUCUCUGUGCCCGCUCGCUCUGGGCUGCUGCCACCCUGGGUCCUUGCCAUCCUCUUUGGUGCACGGGGGAUCAGUGCCGGCAUUGCCUUGGGCAGGGCGGCCGUGGGGCUGGCACCAGCCGGGAACCUUUGUGCCUUGGAGCAGGGGGCUCAGAGGGCAGGGGGGUGUCUGCCAGCUCCGUGCCCCCCAGCUCACCUCGUCUCGCUGCGGCAGGGACGGUGGUGUCAGACCAUGCAGCGAUGUCUCUCUCCCCCGCAGCCGCCCCCAUGGUCCUGCCAGUGCCAGGGUGUCCUUCCUGGCCCGGCAGCGUCGCUGCCUGCACUCUGCCUUCAGCCAGCCGCCGCUUCCUGGGGGGCAGCCAGGCAGGCCAGCCCCCGUGGGGUGCUAGGGGUGCAGGAUUUAGCCUUUCUCCCUUUGGGAAGUGGUGGCAUUGCCCAGGGCGGCUGGGCUGUCACCGCGUGCUUUCCCCGUGACGUCCGCCAGCUGAUGGCUGGUACUCGCAGCAGUGGGACCCGCCUGCGUCCCCCUGCCCGGCCAGGCCAUCACCAUGGCCUCAGGGUUGCCACCCCCUACGUGCAGGAGAGCGCAACCGUCCACCGUGCAGGGACCCGGUGUCCCUGCGUCCCCCAGCCAGUCCCACUGCCAAUGCGCCUGCUCCGUGCUGCAGCCUGCCGGGAACCCCUUGGGGCUCCCCCCGGGGCUCUCGCUGCCUCCCCCGCCCUGCUGCGGCCGUUACCCCCACCUGCGCCGGCUCCCCUCCAGACGCAAUACCAACUGUCCCGUUGCUGCAGGACACAGGGAGCCCCAAAACCCUCCCUGCUCUUUUUGGAGGGGGGGCGGAUCUUGUCUGCGCCCGGUACCCCCAACUACCUCAGGCCUCCAGGCCGGGUCAGGGCCGGGGGUCAGCGAGGGGGUCGCGGCAGCAGCGGGGGCUCAGGGACGGUGGCACCGCUUGGCCGAAACCACUUUUCCUCCUUUUUGUAUCUCGGCCGGGCGCUGGUGGGGGGAGCAUCCCCCGUGUGGUCCCUGGUGCUGGCGGCUGGUGACGGGGAUGGCAGGGGUGCCCCUCCACUGCAGGUUGGGUUGAUUUUUUUUUUUCGUUGUAUAAUAAUAAUUACUACAUUGUGUGUUUUUGAUUUUUCAAUAAAGCCUUCAGCCCAG